AUGUCGGCUGCGGAACCCCAAACCACCACUGCCGUUGGCAACAAAUCUCUUGGCAUGCGGAAGAAUGGCAAGCAAUGGCACGAAACGAAAAGGGCUUUUAGGCCGACGUCAGGGUUGACCUCAUACGAGAAGCGCGCCAAAGACCGUGUUGCGAUGGCCGCGAUGAAGGCCAAAGAGAAGGAGAUGAAGGACGAGAAGGAGGCAGAGCGCAAGCAACGAAUUCAGACCAUCAAGGACAGAAGAGCCGCCAAGGAGGAGAAGGAGCGUUACGAGAAGAUGGCCGAGAAGAUGCACAAGAAGCGUGUGGAGAGACUCAAGAGGAAGGAAAAGCGGAACAAGCUCAUCAACUCAUGA